GUUAUCUAAUUGAUUUUCCAUGUUUAUCUCCGUCGUGUGGAAUAGAAGUAGAUAAUAAAUGGGUGAAGUAUUUAUACAAAGACAUUAUAAAUGUAGAACAUCCAACUAUGGCAAUAACUGGAAUGUUAUUUCCUAUUUUCAGAUUUCCUCUUUAUGGAAUUCAGGUGAGAUUUUUCCUAUCGUAUUUGAAAGAAAAUGUUUCAACAACUAAAGAAGACAUGAUGAAAGACAUCACGAACCAUGUAAAGACGCUUGACAAACCCAACCUUCGUGCUCACGAAAUGACUCUGGAUCGAAUCGAUAAGUACUUUGAUGACCUUGCCGAGAGCGGAAAAAUCCAGAAACUCAAACCAGUAUUCAUUAAGCUUUUCAAACACAUAUGGAAGGACAGGCAGGAUCAAAGAAACCUUUCUUAUGAUCUAGUAAAUGAUGAGGAAUUUGUCGAAAGGAGCAACUAA